AGAUAUUCUAACAUCAUUUUUUUUCUAUAUAAAAAAGACAAAAUAAAAAGGUAAUCUUAACAAGACACACAUAGAGCAACAUCAUGGUUGACCAACCGAAUAUGCUCGAUAUAAACGAUGAAACAUCUAGUAGAUUAGAUUAGAUUAAUGCACAAAAUGCAAAGCAGGCAGCUCAAGUGAAUCGUCGAUGUGAAACUCCAGAGCAGAAUUUAUCAGUAAUUCUAUUAGCUAAACUGUGUUGUGGUAAGCAAACUAAUUGCAUAACAAAACCACACAUUUUGUUUGGGGUCACCAACAGCACGUCUCCCCCAGCCAGCCCCUUACAUCUCAAAAGCAGUGAUGUGACAGUUAAUCAAGGAGCAUCCUGUGCCGUUCUAGAUCAAACACUACUGAUCUGACAGUGGUCACUAUCCAGGGGCCAAAUUAAGUACCUGAAUUAGUAUAUAUGACUUCUAGUAUACUCCAAGUGCAGAGAUUGGUCAUUUGACUUCUCAUAGUUCUUAUUUUCCUACCUGCUCCUUAGUUCUUACUUAUCAUCACACCUCCAAGGUAGCCACCAUUUGGAAACAGGGUCUUGCAAAUACAUUUGCUACUCAGAUCAAAACUCACCAGAAAAGAAACAUGCAGAGAGAACACCAUUCUUCAUGCAAAAGCAAGGUCAGUAGGCUGGCCAAAUCUUUCUUUGGUAUUGUGCUGCUACUCACCAUGGCCUAUCCUGCCACCUCAUGCAAUGAGCAGGAGAAGAGCUCCCUACUCCAGUUCCUUACUGAACUAUCACAUGAAGAUGGUGUUGCCAUGUCCUGGCGGGAUGGCACAGACUGCUGCAAGUGGGAAGGCAUCACCUGCAAUGAAAGUGGAGCAGUUAUUGAGGUCUCUCUGGCAUCUAGAAGCCUUGAAGGCAGCAUCUCGUCAUCCCUUAGCAAGCUCACCGACUUGUUGCGGCUCAAUCUGUCACACAACUCACUGUCUGGUAACCUGCCAUCAGGACUAAUGUCAUCUGGCAACAUAACUGUUCUUGAUGUGAGUUUCAACCGUCUCAGUGGCACCCUGAAAGAGCCUCUUCUGUCAAUCACCGAGCAUCCAUUGCAAGUACUCAACAUCUCAAGCAACAUGUUUACAGGAGAAUUCCCAUCCACAAUUUGGGAGAAAACAAGAAAUCUUAUUGCCAUCAAUGCAAGCAACAAUAGUUUUCAAGGAUGUAUACCAUCUUCUUUCUGCAUCAGCUCAUCAUCCUUUUCAGUGCUUGACCUUUCCUUCAACCAAUUCAGUGGCAGCAUUCCAGCUGGUUUAGGUAAAUGCUCUGAACUUAGAAUAGUCAAGGCUGGCCACAACCGCCUCAGUGGAUCCCUCUCAGAAGAGUUCUUCAACGCUACAUCAUUAGAGCACCUCUCUUUCCCAAACAAUGGUUUGCAUGGAUUACUUAAUGGUGCACACAUAAUGAAGCUUAGAAAUCUGGCUAACCUUGAUCUUGGAGGUAAUAUGCUAAAUGGCAAGAUUCCGGAGUCCAUAGGCCAGCUCAAGAGGCUGUUGGAGCUCCAUUUGAACAACAAUAACAUGUCCGGGGAGUUGCCAUCAGCUCUAAGCAAUUGCACAAAUAUCAUAAUGAUUGACCUCAAGAGCAACAACUUUAGUGGAAAGCUUCAGAAAAUCAACUUCUUCAACCUGCCCAAUCUACAAGCAUUAGAUCUUCUGUACAACAACUUCACUGGCACAAUUCCAGAAAGCAUAUACUCAUGCAGCAACCUAAUUGCAUUGCGGCUAUCCAGCAACAACUUACAUGGGCAGCUCUCACCGAGAAUAAGAAAUUUGAAAUCUCUUGUUUUCCUGUCACUUGGUGCCAACAAUUUUACAAAUAUUACUAAUACACUUCAUAUCCUGAAGGACUGUAGGAAUCUCACCACCCUACUUAUCGGGACCAGCUUCAAGGGUGAGGCCAUGCCACAAGAUGAAAUAAUUGAUGGUUUUCAGAAUCUUCGGGUUCUUUCCAUAACUGAUUGCUCGUUGUCAGGGAAUAUACCUCUCUGGCUAUCAAAGCUCAAGAAUUUGGAGAUGCUAUUUUUGAACAGGAAUCAGCUCAGUGGGUCAAUACCAGCCUGGAUCAAAAACUUAAAUUCACUUUUUCACCUGGACCUAUCACGUAAUAACCUUACAGGGGAGUUACCAACAGCUUUGACAGAGAUGCCAAUGCUAAGAACAGAAACGGCUACAGCCCAUAUGGAUUUGAGGGCAUCUGAGUUUGAGCUUCCUCUUUAUUUAGAUCAUUCAUUUCAAUACCGGAUAGCCAGUACUUUCAAAAAAACACUGGAUCUUGGUCGGAAUAACUUAACAGGUGUCAUACCGCAGGAGAUUGUUCAGUUGAAAUCGCUUGAGAAGCUCAAUUUCAGCUUCAACAGCUUGUCAGGAGAGAUUCCACAGCAGCUCAGCAAGCUUACAAAUCUGCAAGUGCUAGACUUGUCUAGCAACCAUUUAACAGGUGCAAUCCCAUCAGCACUGAGCAACCUGCACUUCCUCUCUGAAUUCAAUGUUUCUCAUAAUGACCUGGAAGGGCCUAUCCCGAGUGGAGGCCAGCUUAGUACAUUUCCAAGUUCUAGCUUUGAUGGGAACCCAAAGUUAUGCGGGAUUAUAGUUGCUAAACUCUGUGGCUCGGUUGAAGCACCUACAGUAUCUGUUCACUCCCCAAAAAAAAUGAACAAAAUGGUCGCCUUUUUUAUUGCUUUUGGGCCUUUCUUUGUUGUAGGGGUGCUGUAUGAUCAAAUAGUUUUGUCAAGGUAUUUUGGUUAGUCUCUGUUUACAUGUGAGAUUAUGUUGAUCUUUGAUCUUAGUGCUAA